AUGCGCGACUCUCCCGCCCACGCCCAAACGUUUGACUGCGAUGCCUGCGAUCGGUCUUUCACCAGCCAGGAUGCUCUAGAUCAGCACAUGCGCGACUCUCCCGCCCACGCCCAAACGUUUGACUGCGAUGCCUGCGAUCGGUCUUUCACCAGCCAGGAUGCUCUAGAUCAGCACAUGCGCGACUCUCCCGCCCACGCCCAAACGUUUGACUGCGAUGCCUGCGAUCGGUCUUUCACCAGCCAGGAUGCUCUAGAUCAGCACAUGCGCGACUCUCCCGCCCACGCCCAAACGUUUGACUGCGAUGCCUGCGAUCGGUCUUUCACCAGCCAGGAUGCUCUAGAUCAGCACAUGCGCGACUCUCCCGCCCACGCCCAAACGUUUGACUGCGAUGCCUGCGAUCGGUCUUUCACCAGCCAGGACGCUCUAGAUCAGCACAUGCGCGACUCUCCCGCCCACGCCCAAACGUUUGACUGCGAUGCCUGCGAUCGGUCUUUCACCAGCCAGGUUGCUCUAGAUCAGCACAUGCGCGACUCUCCCGCCCACGCCCAAACGUUUGACUGCGAUGCCUGCGAUCGGUCUUUCACCAGCCAGGACGCUCUAGAUCAGCACAUGCGCGACUCUCCCGCCCACGCCCAAACGUUUGACUGCGGUGCCUGCGAUCGGUCUCUCACCAGCCAGGACGCUCUAGGUCAGCACAUGCGCGACUCUCCCGCCCACGCCCAAACGUUCGACUGCGAACGUGUGGGCAGUGCCAGGAGGCCGCACGCAGGACUCACGUCAAUAUCGUUGACCUGA